GGAAAAUACUUUCAUGUUUGAAGUCUGGUACUGCCAAAACAUGGCAAUAAUUAGUCUUAUUUUGGGAAGAAAAACAUGGAAGUCCUAUUUUGGAAUUUUCAAAAACUUUUUUAGUCCUAUUUCUGGUAAUAUUCUCUUUUCUAAAAUAAAUGGUUUUUUAAACCAAAAAGCUAAGAAAUCCUUUUUUUAAAGCAUUUGGAAACCAACUCUAAACUAUUUUAACUAAACAAUCCCUUCGGUUUAGACUUUUUUUUUUUUUUUGAAUAAAGUUUAGACUUUUUUAUAUGGAGUGUUUUGGUUAGCUCAAUCUUUGCAGGUGACCAAUUGUGCCCAUCCAAAAAACGGGAGACCAAAGACUUCGCCAGGGGAAAAGGAAAAAAUAUUCAAAUGUUUCUUACGCCUUAAUCAUCACGUUGAAGUUUUUGGCCACAAUUUGCUGUCCAGAAAGAUGCAAAUAUACCCUGAAGCCAAACAAAUUUCAAGAAUCAGAUGGCCAAAAGAAGCUCAGGAAAGAAAGGAAGAUGUGAAACAACAUAAGUAUAGACUGUUAGGAUUUCUGAGGAAACCAAAGAAAAAGGAUCACUUGAGCAAUUCAAGAUCCCAUUUGGAGUUAGAGAAGCCUAAUGAUAUGCAGAUUCCUGAUGGUGAUUUUGAACCUCCAAGACAGAGUUUCUGGGAACCCAUGGAGGCAGCCAAAGAAGCCAAAGCUCAAAUCUUUGAAAUGUGGAAGAUGACAGAAGGCUUUCAAGAAGUUGAGGUGAUCAGUGGAAACUCUACCCUUGAAAAAAUGUUUUCUCCUUCAUAUAGUGUUGAUGGGGAUAAGAAGAGAGAAUCUGGAUAUCCUUUGGGUACAAGUAGCAAAGAUGCAUGGAAGAAGAAGCCUUUGAAGAAGAAGAAGAAGAAGUCUAAAGCUUCACAGUAUAGCUGGUGUUUGUGGCCAAGCCAAGGUGCAGUUAGGGAUUUCAGCAAGUUUAAUGGCCAUAGUGAAAUGGAUGAUUAUCCUGAAACUGAUUGGAGUGAAAGAGAAAUGGAUUUGGAAAAGAUAGAUAUGCAUGCUUUCUCUAAGAGAAAUUCUUGUCUUUUAUAUGAUUCAAGUGAUAAUAAUAAUAGUAAAAGGUUGGAUCCCUCUUUUGUCCAGAAAGCUGCAGUUAGACAGGAUAUGUUUCAAGGAUUCCAACAGGACAGGUUAGUUGCUAUGAAAGAUGCCAGAAUUGAGAGAGAAUCAUUGAAGAUUUUGAAGGAAGCUCAUCAGACCAGUCCAACUUCAGUUCUUGAACCUCCUUUUCAGGGUCCUAGGACUGAAUGUUUUGACAGACUUAUGCCAGAUUCCCACAGUUUGGAACCUCAACUUCAGCUGCACGAAACAAUUUCGUGGGAUUCAUAUUCAGGUGAACCCGAAAUAGAUGUGUCGAGCAACGAAGAUACCAACAAAGAAACCAUUUUGUGGGAUACAUACUCAGAUGAACCCGAAAUAGAUGUGUCUAGCGAUGAAGAUACCAAGAAAGAAUCUGUUUCUGAUUUUUCUCAACAUCAUCUCGGAGCGUUCAUUGAAGAAGAAAGUAGUAGUAGAAGUAGGGACUACUCCUACCUUGUUGAUGUUUUAGAUGAGUCCCCUACCAUCCUCAAACUGCAGGGUAUAGAUUCUUUGGAAUGCCCUAUAAGCUCAUUGGUGUUUGAGAGAUUAGAGAACAAAUAUGGGAAGCAUAAUAACUCUUGGCCAAAGUGGGGAAGGCGGCUUUUGUUUGACCGUAUAAAUGCAAGUAUGUCUGAGCUUCUGCAUUCUUAUUACAUUGAGAAUAUCUUCUACCUUGAAGCAAAAUCCCUUAAGGCAAGAUAUGAUGAUGGUCUUACAUUGGGAAGGAACAAUGUCGAGGAACAACUUUGGAGGCUGCUACUAGUUGAUGAAGGGGAGGAAAAGGGAAUGUGCUAUAAGGACUUGCCUCAGAAGGCUGUUCUUGGAACAAAGUGGUUGAAAUUGGAGAGUGAAAUCAGUAUUGUCUGUCAAGAAAUAGCGGAUUGCAUGUUUGAGGAAUUAACAUCAGAAUUAGUUCUUAUGAAACACUUUUAGUGCAACACUACAAAAAAUUAAAUCUUACUGCAACAUCAAACUAUUUUCA